UCUUCAUUCACUGCUGAGUCCAAGACUUCGUAGGAUCUGCCGGGAUAUGUUCCUGCUACAACUACACGGAUAGGAAGAUACUAAAAACUUUUUUCGAACUAUUUCUUCGUUGUUUUCUUGGACGUCAGCUGCGGAUUGUAUAAUUACAGAGCGUCUUACAUUUUUGAAGAUAAUUUUUUUUUAACGGUUUCACAGAUCACAGGAUCACCUUGUGUGUACUCUAUAAUUUAUCCAAGUUUCGGGAUAGGUCUUCGGAAUCACCCGUGUCUUGUUUUUUUUUUAUUUUGUGAACUCGUGAAUAAGCGUUCUUCCAAAUGCUGCCCAUGAUAUCAAUACAACAUUGCUGUUCUGAUUAGUUCGUUUGUACCUCUGCAAUGUCAUUUUCAACUACUUGGAUUUUUUCAACACGGCUUCGGUAACCUGAAGGACCAUGUUGAUCUAUCGCCUGUUCAGCAGGGCUCGGGACAGCGGGACCGUACAAGUCCAAAUGUGAAUAAACCCCGAAUUUAACAUCGAGGCACCAAUAAACUAGUGUUAUCAUAGAAUUGCGAUUUACGGCGUGGAGGAGGACCGCUGAGAGAUCGGCUUACACGUUACUCUCAUCGAGGGAUGGUACUGAGUUUCCCGUGGCCAGGAGCAACUUUGAGGCUCCUACAGAAUACGUUUCUCUUCUGGGGAAAAUCGAAAUUGAAGGGAGAUGAGAACCACGCUUUAUUAUUUCCUCUGCGCCUUGUACCUGCUACACGCCACCGCUGAGGAACUUCAAAUACCGCAGGAGCUGAUAGAGAGAAUAUCUCACAGCGAAAUCCACAGCAUCAGCGACCUCCAGCGGCUGCUGGAGAUUGACUCCGUAGGUGUCGACAAUGAGGUCCUGGAGGAGCCGAAGCUGAAGUACCGCAAGGAGCACUCGUGGAGCUCCUCGGGCCUGAAGAGCUCCCAGCUCCACACCCGGAGGAAGAGAAGCAUCGAGGAGGCGGUGCCCGCAGUCUGUAAGACGCGGACGGUGAUCUACGAGAUCCCGCGCAGCCAGGUGGAUCCCACCUCCGCCAACUUCCUGAUAUGGCCGCCGUGCGUGGAGGUGAAGCGCUGCACCGGCUGCUGCAACACCAGCAACAUGCGCUGCCACCCAGCACGCCGCCACCACCGCACCGUCAAGGUGGCCAAGGUGGAGUACGUGCGGAGGAGGCCCAAGCUGAAGGAGGUGCUGGUGCGGUUGGAGGACCACCUGGAGUGCGUGUGUACCGCACAUCAUCACCUGGUGGAGCACACGGAGGCAGACACAGCGGACGUGAGGUGAGCUGGAACAAGGGACUUCUGCACGAGUGUGGGGUGGGGUGGGGGGGUGGAAGACCUUACCCCUCUCCAACUGCUGCCUUUUUAAAAGUUAAAUAAUAAUAUCAAAGACAGAAUCAAGUGAUAAAAAAAUGCCAAAGGUGCUUUCUUACCAGUGACUUUGUCUGCGACGCUUAGCAGACCCAAUCAAUCGAACGUUGAUGACGACGAUGAGGAGGAGGGGUGGGCAUGGCGAUGAGGGUGAUGAUGGUGCUCUGGACGUAUGAGAGGAAGGACAGAGGAGGAAUUUGCUUUCCACUAACUGCAAAAAAAAACGAACAAACGAAAAAUGACAUUUGCGGAAAAAUAGUAUCCCCCCCGUGCAAAGGACACUGAGGAAGAUGGCCGACGAAGGACUCUGAGUGCAGCUUGUUUGGUCUGGAGGAAACAGGUCCUUAGAGGGGCAGGAGAGGGACGGUUCCUGGGGUUCAGGGACAGACGGGGCAUUGGGGUCACCCGGGCUGGUCCUGCAUUCACACGGGUUUGGUGUAGACCUUUAACUGCACUGUCAAAUAGCGAGAGAGAGAGAGAGAGAGAGGGGAAGAGUGGAAGCGAGACUGGGUUGGAUCACCGAGCCGUUCCAGGACCGACUGUCAUGCAACAGAAGCAGAACCGUCAGGCAUUCUUUUUUCUUUUUUUUUUUCCUUUUGCGUGCCACUUGGCGCCUCUCUCUCUCUCUCUCUCUCUCUCUCUCUCUCUCUCUCCAUUUCCGCCUUUCUCCGUGGAGCCCUCCCGGAACACGACGAACUGGAUUUUUGCUUGGACGAUGAGCUUAUUUUAUUUUAUUUUAUUUCGCUUUGUUUUGUUCAUAGAUUUAAAAAAAACUCCUAUAUCCACCUUUUUUUUUUGUAAGCUGUUAUUUUUGUUAUCGGUUGGUUGUAUGUACGUCAGUUUGUACAAAGCGUUUAAGGAAGGCGGAAGUCCGCUCUGCCCCAGUAAUUGCUACUAAUAAACUAUUUAUAAGCGUGAAUGACAUUUUUUUUUUUAAGUUGUUUUUUGUUUGGUUUAUCGUCCCCUCAAAAGUGAACGUAUGAGAUGGUCACGGUUCAACAACGCAGUUUUCUAGUUCGCUGUUGGUUUUCUUAUUAUACAGUGUAUUGAAACAAUAUCAAAUGUUGUAUAUCGGCUGGAAAUAUGUCACAAAGAAUUUGGGGGGUGCGACAGAAAAGUAAAAUGCUUUAUUUUUGGUAAAGAAAAUUUAAAUAUAUAUAUAUAUUAUGCUUACUUAUAUUCAAGCAGGAAGUAUGUAUGUUUUUUCUAUCUUUUGUUGUGGUGUAAUGUAUUUUAUCUAAAGAAAGAAAUGAAACGAAAAUGAAAAGAAGCCAAACUGGAUAUUUGGAUUAUGUGCCGUUGAGACUGACCCAAUGAGAGACCCCCAGCUUGUGAGGCAGUCGGUGGGGCUCUCCCUGGAGAAUCAGUAGAGGAGAGUCUACAACCCCCCCCCCCCUUUUUAUUUUGCCAGUCCCCUUUUAGUCAGUCUGUCUCCAGCCCCACCCCCACCCCCCACACACCACCCUGCCUCUGCUCAUCCUCCCCCAAACACACUGGACAGCAGGGCUUACAUCUAGAGAGAUGGCCUUGAUAUGUGAACACACAGCUUACACACACACAGCAUUACAGACCAGGGUUUCACAUUGAUAACCACACUGAUGUUACACGUACACACUCACACACACACACACACGCACACACACACGCAUGCAAACACACACACACACGCACACACACUCACAGUAUGUAGUGUAUAUACUCAGACACAGACCUACAUAUGCUCACCCAUCUUACUCCAUGCUUUUUGCAGCUUUGUUAUGUUGUAUGCGUCGUUGUCUCCCAGGAACUGGACUUUGGGACAUAUAAACGGGCACACACAGAGCCCCAUAGCCCUGCCUGGGCCUGAGUGUUGUGUAAGCCACCACUCUUUGAUGUCACACACACACACACACACACACACACGCUACUGAUAAGGCAGGGGUUAAGUCCAGUGGCAACAUUGUGGGCCAGGGGCGUUCCCGAAUUCCAAGUUCACGGCGAGCGAGCAGGUGUGGGAUCGACACGCGUCCACCGACAAACGUUAACCAAUCCCUUUUAUUGUCGACUCCCACAAUCCACCUCACCACCCUGAACGCGCGCGUACGGGCCCGAGGGAGUCUGUGGGGCGGAGCGGGACGGGGCGGGACGGGGCGGGACGGGGCGGGAGCGUUUCUGCUUUUUGAAAACGGUGCUGCCGCAGGUCUGGUGAAAACCGUCGGGACGGAGGCCUGUGAUUGGAGGCUCAGCGCGUGUUCCUGGGUCUUUACUGUGACACUGAUUGUGUUGUCUAAAACUAUGCCUGCUGCUGUUUAAUGUUGAUAGGACCCAGCCGAUUGAAGUGUAAAAGUGAUGUAAUUGGUGCUAUAUUUUUAAAGAUGGAAAGAGAACUUUCUCCAUUUGCCUUGUCCAUAUCGUUUGCGUUCACACUUUUCUGAAAGGGGUUUGUCUUUCUGUCAGGGACCAGUGCCACGGUCAACCAUACAGUCGCUAAGCUUUUAAACUUUUUUUUUAUUUUUUAUUUUUACUUUUUUAAAGCUUUUUCAAUUUUUUUUGUUUGUUUAUUUCUGGCCUUCUUUGAAUAGAAUAACAAUGACUAUAAUUUAUAUAUUUAUGGUUUCAAUAAUAAAUAUAUUUCUGCUUAUCAAA